AACAUAGCGCUAAAAUCUAGGUUUUUCCCUAACAUGUCUUCUCCCAUGGCCACUACUGUUCCUACCAAGGUUCUCCUAAGCGAUCUUGUUUCUUCCUUUGUUGAAUACGUCCCCUCCAACUACAUCAGGCCAGCGUCCGACCGUCCUGACCUGCUCAAUGUGGAGACAUCGGAUACGACGAUUCCUAUCGUAGACCUUCAAGGCCUCGCCGGCACUAAUCGCUCCCGGGUAGUUGAAGAAAUUGGAAUAGCAUGCGAGAAUGACGGAUUCUUCCAGGUUACGAAUCAUGGCAUCCCAAAGGAUGUCAUUGAAGGCAUGCUACGUGUUGCGAAGGAAUUCUUUCAUUUGCCGGAGUCUGAAAGGUUGAAGAGCUACUCCGACGAUCCUGCAAAGACGACCAGGCUCUCGACCAGCUUCAACGUGAAGACCGAGAAAGCUAGCAGCUGGAGGGAUUACUUAAGACUCCAUUGCUACCCUCUCGAGAAUUUCGUGGACGAGUGGCCCUGCAAUCCUCCAUGUUUUAGGCAAGUUGUCGCCGAGUACUGCAAGAACGCGAGAGAGCUGGUCUUGAGACUGUUAGAGGCCAUCUCCGAAAGCUUGGAGCUUGAGGGUGACUACAUGGUGAAGGCACUGGGGAAGCAGGCACAACACAUGGCUAUAAACUACUAUCCACCAUGCCCCCAGCCGGAGCUGACCUACGGCCUGCCGGGCCACAAAGACCCCAACGCCAUUACCAUUCUUCUCCAAGAUGGAGUCCCUGGUUUGCAAGUCCUUAGGAAGGGGAAGUGGGUGACCGUCAACCCAGACCCAGAUACCUUGGUCAUCAACAUCGGCGACAUGAUACAGGUUCUCAGUAAUGACCGUUUUAAAAGUGUGCUUCAUCGUGUGGUUGUGAGUAAGACAAGCGAGAGGAUCUCUGUCCCUACUUUCUAUUGCCCAUCUCCAGAUGCAUUAAUUAAACCAGCAGAAGUGGUAGUUGAAAAAGGGCAUCCACCUAUCUAUCGAAGCUUCACUUAUGCGGAGUAUUAUGAGAAAUUUUGGAAUCAAGGACUCCAAUCUGCGAGCUGGCUCGACGUGUUUAAAGCCACCUGAUAGUUCUCAGCAGUGUCCAUGUUAAAAGUAUGCUUCAUCGUAUGAUUGUGAAUAACACAAGCGAGAGGAUCUCCUUCCCUACUUUCUACAUGCCUAUUCUGCAUUAAUUAAACCGGCAGAAGUGAUAGAUGAGAUAAGGACCAUCCAUCUAUAUAUCGAAGCUUCACCUAUGAGUAGUACUAUGAGAAGUUUUGAAUUGGGGACUCCAAUUUGCAAGAUGCCUUGAUGUGUUCAAAGUCAUCUGAUGAUAAAUGCUUCAAAUCAAAUAAUUUAAAGCAUUCAAAAUCAUCUGAUGAUAAAUGCUUUAAAUUAUUUGAUUUAAAGCAUUUAUCAUCAGAUGAUUUUGAACACAUCAAAGGAUCCACGUGAAAAAAAUAGAAAUACUGUUUGAUUUUCUAUAUUAAGAUAUCCUUAUUCCAUGAUGUAAAUUUGCAUUGUCGUUGAUCAUUGAUGUGCAUACUAUUGAAUUAAGUAAUUUUUUUU